UACAAUAGCUGUGCUAAAAAUCCAAUGAAAUGUCGUGAAACAAGUCGAUUUUGUCAGUUGUAUAACGAGUAGCAGGGAGGUUUACUAGUAUAAAAGAAAAAUUGAGAUAUAUUUUAUUGGAAAAAUAAUAACAAAUAUUUUCAGAAUUUGAACGGAUUUAUUAAGAAAGGAUUUAAUUUGAAAGGGUUGUUGGAUAGCGUUUAACAAUAUGUUGGGUUCGACACAAACCAGUUUUGUCCAGUACGACGUAACUGAUCAUAGCACCAUUGUCCUUUCAGAAAAUGACACAGCAAUAAAUACAACCGAUAAUUCUAGUUUGAGCACUAUUGGUAGCUGGGACCAGCAUCAAGCAAUUCGAACUACAGCAGAGAAAGCUGCCAUAAUAUUUACAGAUCCAAUCGAAGCACUGACAGUUAUUGUUUGUGUUGUGGGUAUCAUAGCAAACGUUGCAUCAAUUUUAGCAGUUGUUAAAAUGCGACAAAAAAUGACGACGCACCUCAAACUCAUCAUGAGCCUUUGUUUGUCAGAUGCUCUAAUUUCGCUCGGAAACUUUUCAUUUUAUUUCACUUACAUUUUCUUCAAUAAACAUGAUUGUAUCAGUACUGUAGUAAGGUUGACGUCAGAUAUUGCGAUUUUCACCACACUUUUGAAUUUACUUGCCAUGGCCCUUGAUCAUUAUGGCGCUAUCAUUAAACCAUUACGUUACAGACAAAAGAUGACGUUUUGUAAAGGAAAUUGUGCUGUUAUAAUGGUUUGGCUUGUCAGUCUAUUUAUAGGUUUACCGGAAGUCGUGUUUGCUAUCGGUCAAGGCGGGUCAAUUUGCACCGUAAUUGCUGAAGGGAAUCAUCAUAUUGAACUAGCCAUUAUUCUGUUCAUCUUUAUUGUUCUUUUCGCAAUAUGUUUACUAUACGGACGAAUCUAUAGCCGUAUAAAAAGGGCGAUGCCGCGACGGGAAAGGGCACGCCAUCAUUCCGACUCUGGAAGCGUAAAAGCGUUAAUGACAACCGGGCUCUUUGUCGGUACAUUUAUUCUGUUCUGGACUCCUUUUGCAUUGUACACUGUUUUCAUGUAUAUUAAAAAUCGAAAUGACCGUAUGUACAUCGUUCUUAAUAUUGAUAAAGUCACACAAAUCCUUAAUAUCUUAUAUCUGAUUCUUCUACUGAAUGCCGUUUUUGACCCAUUCAUUUAUGCCAUUCGACUACCGAAAGUAAAACAGAGAUUUCAAGCUUUCUUUACAUCAUCAAAAAGAAGUAGCAGAUCAAGUAAGACUGACAAGAACUCAACGAAUUUUCAACCGCUGUGAACGAAAUUUUUCAUAUAUUUUAUGAAGAUAUGUAUUCUGAAAACAUGUUGUUUUUUUAUUUACAGUUUUAUCAAAAUUAUAUUAAGAAAAUAAAAAAAGUUUCUGACAAAGAUUUUAGAGAAAAAACCAGUUGAAUAUUGUUCUUACUUUUAAUUGCAAACUUGUAUAUGUCUCUUACGUAACAUCCUCCGUAGCAAUUGUGUUUUUUAUAUUACAUUGUUCAUUAUCCUAGAGAUGUCUUAAAUAGUUUUUUUGCUUUCUUUGUUAAAAACUGACAAUCAAAACCAUUUUAGAUACACUGAUCCGUAUUUUAGCUAAAUGCUAAUAUUUAAAUAAUCCUUUCUUGUUAAACAACAUAAAAAAUUAUACUUAAUUUCUUCACAAUAUAUUUUGGAACUUACACUCGUAGUGAUGCGAUAUGAAUUCUAAAUGAACAAAUUUCCUAGGAUACUUGCUUACUUGAUACUUGUUACUUGAUGAUUGCACUUUGACACAUAGAAAUUCAAAAAAGUGAAAUAGAGCAAGUGAACUAGAGAUGGGGGCACACUACAAGUAUAUAGCGUCACUAAAAAACUGGCGGUUUAAAACAAAUGACCAGCUUGACCUGACAUGUAAUGAAUGACACAGCUUCCAUAUUGUUUAUUCAUUCUUUUCCUUCAAAUUUAACAUAUUCAAUAAGAAGUUUAAAGCUUUCAAUGAAUUUUUAUGGCAAUAAUAUUUUACUGAAAAAUAAGCAGAUUAUAUUUUUAUUCAUAAAUUCUUUUGGCAUUCAUUAUUUUGUGCCUCAUUUAAAAAAUCAAUUACUAAUGAUAUAUAAGACUAGAGUUUAUGAUACAUUAGAUGAAGUGGUUUUUGUAUUGUUAAGUCUAACAUUUAUCGUCAAGAAUGUUUCACACUUCGUGGAUUAUCAUUUUAUGACUUAUCAUUAGUGCUUUUCUUUUGAAUUUUCAUUACAUUAUUAUAACUUGUAAAACGUAAUUCUUUGAGCUCUCCGACUAUUCAAUCGUAGUAUCAUUUUGCACGUUAUAAAGCACAAUUUUCAUUAUUUAUGUACAUUUAUAUCAUAUUAUCCUUUCCUUUCUUAAUUCACCAAUAGUGACGUUUUGUGCAAAAUAAAUAUUUUCAUGUUUUAAGUGUUUUCACCAACACAGACAAUAAUUGAUAGGCGAGUACUUUGAUUUGUUAAUUGUAACUUAUAGAUAAAUAUAAUACAUGUAUAUCUGAUGAAAAUAUGUGAUGAAAUGUGUCAUGAUGAAGAUUUGAGCUACUUAAAGAAUAUUUUAAAUCAGGAUGUUUAUCUACUGAGUUAAAAGUUAUUGUGAAAGAUAUAAAGUAAAAAGAAUAGAAGAUAAUGGGGGAAAAAAGAUUGGAGGUUUUAAUUUUAGGUCUUGUUCAAUGUCAUGAAUGACUCAGAGAAAAUGUUUUCAGGCCCGAACCCGGGAAUACAAUGACUUCUGUGUUCUACAUAAAUAUGAGAGGAAAAUAUACAGCAUCUUGUGUCAGAAUGUAAACAAUUUAUUCACACAGAAAAUUAUGAUAAGCUCUCGUUUCCAUUGAAAGUUUCAUAAAAAAUAAAAAUAUAUUUUAACAGAAAAACUAGUGUCUGUUUUAUCUCUCGACUCAUUAAAUAUAUGUUUUUCAGUUUUGUUUAAAACAUCUCAGUAUUGGACUAAACAAUGUAGGGGCGUCCGUGCUGGAUAGCUUACGGAACGUCGGUGGUUCUACUCAGGUGCCCGUUCGUGUCUGAAAUAAUGCACGGAGGGACACUUGAGGUCUACCUCAACCAGUAAAUUAUCGCCAAAUGGCAUAUACUGUGUCGGUGUGACGUAAACCCAAUCAAACAAACCAACAAACUGAACAAUGUAGAAUAAUCUCAUAAUAUAGGUUCAAUAUUUCAGAAAAGUUGUGUAGAGUGCUAAAGAAAAGAUACCAAAAGAAGGGUUUGGUAAUAAUAAUUCUACUUGAAUUUAAAUGACAAUUACCAAGAUUUCGUUGUUGUAAUAUAUCUUUUUCGAUAUAGUCUUUCACACCAGUAAAACCUUUUAUGGCUAUUUAUUAUGAUAGUUUGUUCUAUAUAAAUAU